GCGUCGCGUCUGAUCCCCGUCGUUGUGGGUGGACCACAGGACACGUUCGUGCCGAACCUGAUCCGCGCCUCGGUUGGCGACAUUGUGCAGUUCCAGUUCAGCUCGGGGAACCACACGGUCACACAGAGUGCCGAGGGCGCGCCGUGCGUCGCCCUGCAGGCUACCGACCCGACGGCCAUCCACAGCGGCCACAUCCCGUACCAGGCGGGCCAGGCUGACGUCGGCACCUUCAAUAUGCCCAUCACCUCGACGGCGCCCAUGUUCUUGUUCUGCGCGACAGGGCCGCAUUGCCAGUCUGGACAGGUCAUGGUCAUCAACCCCGUCAACGACCAGCAGCUCCUCGACUACGCCAAACUCGCAGCCAGCGCCGGCAAGACCGUGGACGGCACCACCGUCGUCGGUGGCCAAGUGGCCUCGGUCCCCAUCGGUGCCGCCGCCUUUGUCCCCGCUCCGCCUGAGCAGGGCGGCCCUCCCGGUGGUGGUGGUGGUGCUCCUCCUGCCGCGCCA